UAUGCGCACAUCCUGACUAUAUUUCUACAUGACUGUGCGGGGCAGUAUUCGGAAUGAAGCUGCCAUCAUGUCAUCCACAGGCAAUGACACUGAUAUUGAAGAAUUCUUGGUCAACAUUAACUUGGGGCAGUAUCUUCCUAACUUUAAAGAAUAUGGCUAUAACAUUGUGACAGAUUGCGUGGGAAUAAAUAACAGCGUGCUUCAGCAAAUGGGAGUGUUGCCUACAGGGCACCGCAGAAGGAUUCUUAAGCAAUUAGACACCACUCUUUCAACAAUGCAAAGAAAUUCUCUUUUCCGUGAAAAUCUAAAAUUCAAAGACUUGAAAGGUUUGGAAGAGAAGCAAUAUCCGUCCUCGGAUCAGGAGUCUCCAAUAAGCAAUUCCAGUGUAGAUGAGACUAGCUUGAUACCUGCAACAUUGUCAGAACAACUUAAUAAAGCUUACAUUGAUAAAGAAAGGUUUGAACUUGCAGAGCAAAACUUAUUGGAGGCAAAUGAUGAUAGCUUUACAGAUUUGGAUUUUUCUAGUCUAUACCAGAAUUCAGACAGCAUACUAAAAGCUGUCAAUCCAAGUGGAAGUAUUAAGAUGAAUACUCAGCCAGAUACAUCACUGGAAGAAGCUGCUGCAUACCAAGCUGAUGAGCACUUGGCUUGCUGUUUGGCAUUUCAUGAUCCUCCUUCUUCAUUUGCUCAUUCAUGUGAGACAAAAUACAAUGAAAACAAACAUCUGAUGUUUGCAGUUGAGGAUGAUUUAUCUGAUAGUGAGCCAAAUUCUCCAUUCUUCAAGUUUAAAGGAGAAAUGAUAGACAAUGACUUAUAUUAUUCUUAUACGCAAAACUGCAUGAAAGUAUUUCCAAGAGCAAGCCGGUCUUUUAUAUUAAGGCAUCGACCUGUACCAGAAAUUCCUGAAUCAAGUAAAGUUCAAGCUUCAUCAAGUUCCCUUCAGAAAAGAAGAAAUGUGGAUCUUGUAAAUAUUUCUUACACUGGGAGGCAAAUUUCACAAAACAAAACUUUCACAGAAGAAAAGCCACCCAUCAUCUCUCCAUAUGGGGAAACCUUUAUUUGUGACAACUCUAAAGAUUCUGAAGAACUUCAUGGAAAUGAAUUCCUGGCUUGUGGAAAUAAAUUGGAUCUGGGAAUGAAUGAAGAGUAUUAUUCUUACAAGAAUCUAUGUUCCUUUAACAAUCAGGAAGAGAAGACAAAGAAAUUUACAAAAAAUGAAUCCCUGUCUCAGGAAAACAAGUUAUUAGCACCAGAAGAAUCUGAAAGUGAAUCUGUAUAUUCUAUUGUGGAACAAUGUUCUUUGCCUUUAAAGAAAAAGAAAAAUAAAGCCAAAACACACUCAGCUUCUUGUAGUAAGAUACAAAGUGGAGAUUCAGAUCGCUUGGUCAGUGAACAAAUGUGUUUUCGGCACUUUGAUGGAGAUCAAACUUCGACUGAAAAUGAAUCAAUAACACCAUAUGCUUGUUUUUAUGGACCAUCAGUAAAGAAGGUUAAAGCAGGAUGGCUGGAUAAAUUAUCCCCUCAAGGCAAAUGUGUGUUUCAGAAGCGCUGGGUUAAGUUUGAUGGAGACAGCAUUUCUUACUACAAUAAUGAAAAGGAAGUGUUCUCAAAGGGAAUAAUACUGCUCUCUGCUAUAGCAACAGUAAGAGUUCAUGGGGAGAAUAAAUUUGAAGUUGUCACAUCCCAUAGGACUUUUGUCUUCCGUGUGGAUAAAGAAGAAGAAAGGAAUGACUGGGUUAAUACGGUGCUCAAUGCCUUGAAAUCACAGUCUGAUAAUAACUCUCAGUCUCGAACUUCUGUCACCCCUGAGAAAAGUGGGUAUCUUGAGCUGAAAGGAUACAAAGCCAAAAUCUUUAUUCUACUUCAGGGGAAUACUGUAUGGAUCUGCAAAAAUGAGCAGGAUUUUAAGACAGGAUUUGGUAUCACUAUAAUCCCUAUGAACGUGGCAAAUGUAAAACAAGUGGAUCGGACUGCAAAGCAAUCUUUUGAAAUAAUUACUCCUUACAAAAGCUUUAGCUUUACAGCAGAGUCGGAAAGAGAGAAACAGGACUGGAUUGAAGCACUGCAGCAAUCGAUAGCAGAAACUCUGUCUGAUUAUGAAGUAGCUGAGAAGAUUUGGUUCAAUGAGUCCAACAGGAGCUGUGCUGACUGUAAAGCUCCCAGUCCUGACUGGGCAUCCAUCAAUCUCUGUGUUGUCAUUUGUAAGAAGUGCGCAGGGCAGCACAGAUCUUUAGGACCAAGAGAUUCGAAGGUCCGGAGUCUAAAAAUGGAUGCUAGCAUUUGGAGCAAUGAACUUAUUGAGCUCUUCAUCAUCAUUGGAAAUAAGAGGGCAAACAGUUUUUGGGCAGGAAAUCUUCCUCCAGAUGAAGAGCUGCAUAUGGAUGCCCCUGCAGAAAAAAGGGUAGCAUUCAUUACACAAAAAUACAAAGAGGGAAAAUUCAGGAAAGCACCUUUUCCCUACAAAACCAAGGAACAGUUGAAUAAGGCCCUGUGUGCUGCCGUGGUUAAACAAGAUGUGCUAGAAACUCUGAUGUUGCUGUUUAGUGGGGCUGAUGCUAUGUGUGCCACUGGAGACCCUGUUUACAGUACUCCAUACUUACUAGCCAAGAAAGCUGGACAAAGACUGCAAAUGGAAUUCCUGUACCAUAAUAAGUUCUCAGAUUUCCCAAACUAUGAUACUUGUUUUGAAAGUGGCUUCUCUGAAGAUUCCUCACAUUCCACCUUUCUUUGUGAAUUCUUAUACAAAGUUUCUUCUAAUACUGCUAAGGUUCUUACAGAGAAGAAAUUAAAAGAAGAUUGCAACAAAAGAUGGUGCACUUUGGAAAGUGGCUUUCUGAGCUACUAUGAAAAUGAUAAAACUACCACUCCUAAUGGUAUGAUUGACGUCAAUGAAGUUAUCUGUCUUGUACUGCACAAGUCAGGCUCCUUUUUAAAUAGAGGGGACAUCUUUACCUUUGAAAUCUACUUAAUGUCAGAACGUGUUUUUCUAUUUGGAGCUGAAACUGCAUAUUCACAAAGAAAAUGGACUUGGGCAAUAGCUAAGCAUUUUGUUCCUCCUGUGGCUGAAUGCUUAUUAGAGAGAGACUGUGACCUGAUUGGCCAGCUGUACUACAAAGAUUGCCAUAACCUGGAUCAGUGGAGAAAAGGCUGGUUUGCUAUAGAGAAGUCGAGCCUUUAUUUUUGUCUUGAAAUGGAGAAUGCUGAAGAAGACUCCAUAUAUCUAAGGAGGCUGCAAGAACUAACAAUCAGUACUGUGAUGCAAAAUGGAGAGAAAAUAGAUGUCCUGCUGCUCGUUGAAAAAGGAAGAACUCUGUACAUCCAUGGCCAUACGAAGCUGGAUUUCAUGGUCUGGUAUACUGCAAUUGAAAAAGCAGCAGGUACAGAUGGUAAUGCAUUACAAGAUCAGCAGCUCAGCAAAAAUGAUGUUCCUAUAAUAGUGAACAGCUGUAUAGCAUUUGUUACACAGUAUGGUUUAGGUAGCAAGCACAUCUACCUUAAGAAUGGUGAUUCUUCCAAUGUGGUUGAACUGCUGGAAAGCUUCAAAAAAGAUGCAAGGAGUGUUAAACUAAGAGCAGGAAAACAUCAGCUUGAAGAUGUGACUGAUGUGUUGAAGAGUUUUCUUUCUCAGAUAGAUGAUGCACUUCUCACUAAAGAACUUUACCCAUUCUGGAUCUCUGCGUUAGAUACACAGAAUGAAAAGGAACGUGUGAGGAAGUAUGGAGCUUUUAUUCGGACGCUUCCACCAGUCAAUAGGGCAACUUUGGCUGCUUUAAUUGAACAUCUUUACAGGGUGCAGAAGUGUUCUGAAACCAAUCAUAUGAACCCUCACAAUCUAGCCAUGGCGUUUUCCUCAUGCUUAUUUCAAACUAAGGGCCAAACUAGUGAAGAAGUCAAUGUAAUUGAAGAUCUAAUUAAAAAUUAUGUGCAACUUUUUGAUAUAAAUGAAGACCAGGUCAAACAAAUGGAUAUAGAGAACAGCUUUAUUACCAGGUGGAAAGACACUCAGGUUUCCCAGGCUGGAGAUUUGCUGAUUGAAGUUUACGUGGAAAGAAAGGAGCCAGACUGUAGUAUUAUAAUCAGAGUAUCACCUUUGAUGGAAGCAGAAGAAUUAACUAAUGAUGUUUUAGGAAUCAAAAAUAUUAUUCCCAGCAAAGAUGAUAUCUGGGCUACUUUUGAAGUACUUGAAAAUGGAGAACUAGAACGUCCUCUGCAUUAUACAGAGAAUGUACUAGAACAAGUUCUUCACUGGAGUUCACUACCAGAGCCUGGCACUGCAUAUCUGAUAAUAAAGAGAUUUCUAACAGCAGACAUGAUAAAACUCUACAGUGAGAAAAGUGAGAAAGGUAGCAUGAAAGCAGGCAAUCUGAAGUACAAAGAAGAACCAUCAAAACUACUGUCCGGAAACAAAUUUCAAGAGCGUUAUUUUGUGUUACGGGAAGGAAACUUGCUUCUUUAUAAGGAUAUGAAGGCUAGCAAACCUGAAAAAGUGUUGCCUGUCAAUUCCCUGAAGCUUUAUCUUGGCGUGAAAAAGAAAAUGAAGCCACCAACAAACUGGGGACUUGCAGUAUUUUCUGAAAAGCACCAGUGGUAUAUAUGUUGUGAUGGACAAGAUGCACAGAUGGAGUGGAUGAUCAGCAUUUUUACUGCACAGCAUGCUGAUACCUGGCCACCUGCUGGAAAAGCAAGAAAACAGUCUGUAACUAAAAGUCCAAAGAUCGGAGGCUUACCACUAAUUCCUAUUCAUCAGGAGAAGAACACUUGUAAAAUCAGAGGGAGUAUAGAAAAUGUAGAACUGCAAUCUGGGAAACCAAAAUUCAGUGAGCAUCAUGAAAAUGACUUUCUGGAAGAAAGAAAAAACUUGAAAGAAAAAGCAUCUAUUGUGGCACAGUGUUUGGAAUGGAAGGAGGAGAAAGUGCGAAAUCAUGCAAAAACACAUCGGAGCUUGAUCUCUGUUGAGGAUGUAGGUGCAGGAAUGACUGACCUACACCAAAACCGACAUAAGGCACUGAAGAAAAAUAAGAACAAACCAAACAAAACUGUUUCAGAAUUAGAUAACAAAUUACCAUCAAAUGUGAUUCAGGAACUAAAUACAGUGCUGCAGAAGCACAGAACACUUCAUGAUGAAACCUCCAGCUGAUUUCC